CAGCCCUGCGGAGGAACCCUUUUUGGCAAAUGCGGGGCGAUUGACAUUGCUGUUGGUGUGUACCUGCGUGUGUAUGCGUAUGUGUCUGUGUGUGUGUGUGUUGGUGCAUUGGUGUGAAGCUGAUGAAUCUAUUUUCCACCAGGAGGGGGCCCCUGCUGGACGGUGGUAAACAAAGCACGCGGUUGCUAUGUUUGAACAGUAGAAAAAGCAGAAGAAGCGAGACCUCAAAAAGGGUGCAUCGUGGAAGCAGUAGAAGAGAGAUGGCAAAGCCGUUGAGCAAGCGAGAAGGCAGCAACACACAAACACGGAAAACGUUGAUCGUGCGGAUAGAAGAAUUGCGAACCAUUUUACUUACCCGGCUUUCGCGUCCCUUUUCCGGGAUUGGUCGAGAGUAAAAGGGUGCCGAAAGGGAGAACAAACCCGACGGUCAGCGGUGGAGUGGCACAGAUGGGCAGGGGGUAGAACAUUCGGGGACUGUCUCUUUCUAGUAAAGGGUUUCACACGAGUGCAAUUUUGGCAAAGCCUGCUAGGCGAAACGGGAAGCGAAAGCGGAAAAAGAAUUGCCCACAGGCAGCCGAUUUAAAUACGAAAAGGAUGAGGUGUCGACGCACACGGCACAAUGGUGAAAGGUGGGCGAAACGGGGAUGGUAAUGGGAAGGGGCAGAGGGGUGCGUAGGUGGACGGGCCUGCGCUCGGUAUAAAAGCAAACCGGUGGUCAAGUUCGGAGGUCAGUUCUAUUCAGAUUUCGAGCGGCGAAAGAACUUCUUGCUUGUGACAUUGGGACGCAAGCGUCAAAGAGCGUCAACGGAAUCGUUUGGUGUGCGGAAGCAUUUGUGGAAUCUUUUUUUUUCUGUCGAAAGCAGUGUGAACUCGUUCUGUGUAGUGUUUUGGAGCGAAGUGAAACCAAUCGAACGCUGAUUUGCGAAAAUGAUGGCUCAAUUUAUGAUGGACUUAAAAACAGAACCGCGCCUCAGCCCAUCGCUCUACUCGCCCGCAUCGCCCAAAAUGGCCGACUCGAACGGGCGGCCCCAGUCGACCGAUUCCGGCGUGCUGGACCUGUCCAAGCGGCGCGACUCGCUGGACGCUACCCGCAAAACACCCUCGCCCGCUUACCACUGCUUCAGCGAGGUGGCCGGUACACCGCCCCCAAGCAACCACAGCUCCCCGCAGCAGUGCGAAGUGACCGAUUCCAACAACCCGGAAAGCAGCCUGCUGCUCAACUACAGCGAACUGGUGCGAGCUCGUCGCCUGUCGCCCACCAAAUCACUGCUCCAGUUCGAUGAGCUUGCGCACCACCACACACCGAGCGCGCAGCUCCCCCCAGCAGUCCAGCAAGCAUUCCAUCGGCACGGACUGGGCCUGUCCAAACCGGAAACGGACAUCCUUCAGCAGCAUCUUCUUCAGCAGGUCCACCGAGCUGGACCUAUUCCGGCGUACCUGCUGCCUGCCUCUGCGCUUCAUCAUCACCAUCACCAGCAGCAGCAGCAGCAACAACAGCAACACCAGCAGACCUCUCCGGCACCCUUCUCUCCCAGCCCGAUCCGUCUGCGCGAACUGGACGCACUGUCCGAGUCCGGUUCGGAGGGCACGUCCCUUGUCAGCUCGAGCCAGCGCAAGCCGAAGGAACUGGAAGACGGUACCGUGCCGAAGGACGGCCAGCAGCAGCAGCAGCAGCAGCAGUAUCCGAUGGUGGUCGGCCGGGACGGUAAGCUGUCCCGCCCGUUCAAGGCGUACCCGCGCGAUCCGCUCAGCCUGGCGGCCGGUUUCGUUGCCAGCGACACCAUCCUCGAUACGAACUCCGCCGAAAAGUACAACCUGUUCCGGAAGCGCAUGCUGGAGCAGAUACACGCCGCCAACGGUGGCCAGCCGACCGUGUCCAAUCCGAAGAUGCGCCGGCUAGCCAACGCGUCCUCCUGCAAAUCGUCCUCCUCCAAUGCACCGUCCGCCGCGAUGUCCGACGCAUCGUCCGAAUCGUGCGAUGAAAAACCGCCAUCGGUCGAACACGUGGGUUCGAAUCGCGCCCUACUACAGCAGCACCAUCGUAGUAUGAUGGCGGGUAGCGAAAUGGCGCAACGUGUCGCAACCACCAAUCAGCGCUUGAUGACGACGCCAUCGUGCAAGGAUGCUGCUGCUGCUGCUGCGGCGUGUGACGUCAUUGGUUCGUCGGAUGCGUCGGGGGCGGAGUCAAGCGCAACGAUCGCAGCGGCACCAAGCAAUGGCAGCAGUGGCAACACCAGCAGCACAUCGGUGAAAGAUUCGGCCUACUACGAACGGCGCAAGAAGAACAAUGCCGCCGCGAAAAAGUCGCGCGACCGGCGGCGCAUCAAGGAGGAUGAAAUAGCGAUCCGGGCCGCGUUUCUCGAGCGGGAAAACAUUGAGCUGAAGUUUGAGCUGGCGGCCGCCCGGAAGCAGCUCGCACUGUACGGCGUGACGACGUCGGUUGCCGCUUCGUAGGACAUUGGCCUAUUGGGUGUGUAAAUAGAGGGCACAGUUGAAUUAAUAACUAUUGUACAGUGAAGUGCUGAAAGCGGGACGAGGAUGCAUUCGCUUGACGCGAUCGUCCGAUGCACGCAUUUUAGCGCGUUAGAAUAAGGGUGGUAACUAAGUAGGCGGAAGUGUUUUGGGGAUUUUCCCACCCCAACUCUUCGAUGACUGAUACCUGCAAGCAGUAUUCAUUAGU